AUGGCUGUUAAAAAGAAUAAAAAUGUUCCAAAAAGUGUUCCAAAAGAGGAGGAUCCAUUAGUUCAGAAAGAUGAUAUUUCGUCGAUUCAUGCUAGAAUUAAGAUCUUCGAGACCCCGUUCGCCACUCAAGUAUCGAACCCAAAAGUCAAUGAAUUCUGUGCAAACUGUAUGCGUGGACCGGCUCCCGGAGAGAAACUUCUUCGAUGCGGAGGAUGCAACUUCUCGAUGUACUGUAGUAAAGAAUGUCAAGCAACAGCCUGGUUGGUACAUAAACCAGAAUGUAGACGACUGAAAGCGAAUUUCCCGAAUCUUCCACUCACUGAAGUCUUGUUUCUCUCAAAAAUUAUUGAUCGAAUCCAAUUUCUUGAGAAGAAUGGAGACAAAUUGGGAGUUGAAUCAGCAAGAAAAUUCUCGAGUUUAGUAGAUCACAAAGUUGAUAUCAGAGAAGACGAAGAAAAGAUGAAACAUUUCGAGAAAGUGUUCACCAAGAUGGGACUAUUCCGAGGAGAUGAAAUGAUUGAAAAGGGGCAAUUCUUCGAUGUUUUCUGCAAAGCUUCCAUCAAUUCUCACAGUAUCCAUACAAAUGCUGGAAAUGAAGUUGGAAUGGCUCUGGAUUUGGGUGUCUCGAUGUAUAAUCACUCGUGUCGUCCAACUUGUUCAAUGGUUUUCGAUGGAUACCGUGUUUGUCUUCGUCCUCUUGUUCCAGGAGUUGAUGCUGAAAGUACUGAACAAGCAUUCAUCUCGUAUAUUGAUGUGGGAAGAAGUAAAUAUGUGAGAAGGAAGGAUUUGAAGUCAAGAUGGUAUUUCGAUUGUGAGUGUACUAGAUGUAUGGAUCCGGAAGAUGAUGCUUUGACUGCAAUUCGAUGUGCAAAUCCAGCAUGUGAUGCCCCGGUUCUGACAUCUGAAACCGAGGAACCAAUGAACAUUGCAUGUGACAAAUGCAAAACGAUUAUUGAAGAGAAUGAUGUGAAAAAAGCUCAAGAGUUCAUGAAAAGUCUUCCAGCAUCAUUUGACCCACAGUGCCCAGCUGACAUUCUACAAGACCUCCUCUCCAAAGCCGAAGUAGUGUUGCAUCCAUCAAAUGUAUACGUGGCAAGACUUCGAACAGCUCUUUUCCAUGUCACCGGACAGCUCACAAUGGAUAAUUUAUCAACAAUGCAUACUCAAAUCUACAAUAACUACAAGUUGUGCUUCCCGAAAGCAGAUCGUCAUGUUGGAUUCCAACUUCUUCAUAUCGUUAAAGCAUUGAUUGAAAAGGACGAGAGAGAUGAAGCGAUGCCAUAUGCAUUCGACGCAAUGAAUAUUUUCGAAGUCUGCUUUGGAUUGGAUCAUCCAUAUUACUUGCAGACAUUGGCCUUAUGGACUUAUUUGGAGAAAAAGCUUCCAAAAACCAAAGAAGAGCUCGUUCAGCUGACUAAUUUCUCUGACAAUCGCCCGAUUGACAUUGUUUCUCUUCUGAAAAGAGCAAACAUGCUUCCUCCACCACCAUAUGCUGCUGCAUCAUCCGUUCAACCAGUUCAAUAA